UUCAAAAUCUCUCUCUCUCGCUCUCUCUAUCUCUCGCUCUCUCACACACACACACACACAAAUGCUCUUUCUGUCCAUCUGGAGAAGCAGAUAGUAACGAGCCCAGUUGUCAAAAUUCCCCAAUUUUCCAGCCCUAGGUUUCUUGUUGUGGUAUAACUCAGCGGAAAAGAAGGGGUAUCUGUAAUGGAAGGUUUGAAUUUAUGUGCAAGAAAUGAAUAACGAGUGCGAGAAUCCUGAGUCUUCCUCCGGGAGAUUUCUUGAAACAGUACGGCCUCUUCGCGACCUCGAGUCGAAUUGGACCGUUGAUUUGGCGAAGAAUUUGGAGGAGUAUUUACUCAAGAUUUGCUCAGGGCAUAUCUCCAGCGACGAGGAUGCCAUAUUCUCUGUAAAUUUUGCGGAAGCUGCAUUGCUGCUUCAGGGAUCUGUGCAGGUGUAUAGUAGGAAGGUGGAGUAUUUGUAUUCACUGGUUCUGCAUGCUUUGGAUUUCAUUUCCCAGAAAAGUCAGGAAGAUCAAGCAGCAAGCGCAUCUGCUGAACAAGGUGCAAGUGGUGCACAUUCUGCAAAAGAUGAAGUGGAUGAUCCAUUUUGGGGGUUAGAUAACAUACAAGUGGAAGCAAAGAAUUUGCUGGAUAGGGCCACCUCCAGAGAUGUGCUACCCAGUCACUUUGUGAGGCCACCAGCAAAUCUAGUUGUGCUUGAAGGUGAUUGCUUAGACUCUGGUUGUGAUGCUGGGGAGCUAGAGUCCUAUCUGUUAGCCACGAAUGAUCUUUACCGGGAUUUCAUUCUGCUGGACCCCUGUGAUGCUGUUGCAGUUGACAAUUUUCUUGAUUCUAAAGUUGGCAAAGGGCAAAGUAAUGUCUACAGGGCCAGCUCUGCAACUUCUAAGGGCCGCAAGAGCUUUCAGUCACCAUCAAGACAAUCUGAGGGAAAUGAACCCAAGUUAUCAGUUAAAAAGAAACAGGAUGCAAAUCUAGCCCAGUCACCUCGUGUUGAUCGUGGAUUUGAAUCUAAUUACUGCAGUACUGGGUGUUCUCCUCCUGCCUAUGAUUUUCCUUCAGACAAUGAUGGAUUUAGAAUGCGAGAUGGGAAUUCAGAACCUGGAGAUUUUGAUGAUUCUGAUGAUGAUGACGAUCCAUGGAAACCUUUGAAUCCGCAUGAACCAGGGAACUUGAAAGUCAAACCUUACAAAAGAGUGAACACCAAUAGGAGGCCAGAGAUUGGUUCCAGGAAACAUCUUUCUUUAAGUGUGGAAUUUCCUCUUGCAAAACUUCGUGGACCUAUUAGCACCGAGUUAAUUGAAAUUUGGGAAGCAAAAUUUGGUGUAAGGGAAAAACUUGGAAAUUCACAAUCUCUUUCACAUUACGAAAAGCUGCGGCAAUCACUAGUUGUGGGGAAGAGGGAAAUAAACGAUGCCUUCUCUAAUCUGGAAAUCAAUACUGAGGAUGAUGGAUGUGAUGGUGGGGAUCCAGAUAUCGGGCCACCAGAUUUUGACAUACCUGAUGGUACUUUCAACGGUGAAGAUGUACCUCCACGUCCAGAAAAGCAUGAAGAUCCAGAUGCUCAUGCAAAUCUUGAAGACCUUUGCCGGUCUCAUUUGGAUGCUCUUCUUGCUACCCUUGCUGAAAAUGAGAAGCAGACUGAAUUGGCCACCAGGGUUUCUACGUGGAAGCAAAGAAUUGAGCAGAACUUGGAAGAACAAGAUGCACGUCCCCCAUUUGACAUUCACAAAUAUGGUGAAAGAGUUUUGGACAAGCUAUCUGUGGAAGGAGAUGGUGGGAAUGAUGCCUUGUCGUUUGGAGAAGUAGUCAAGGGUCAAGAGAAGCAUGAUGUUGCUAGAACAUUUUCUGCUCUUCUGCAAUUGGUGAACAAUGGAGAUGUUGAUCUGGUCAGAAGCAGCCCAAAUAUUACAUCGACUUGCCACUCAGAUGUGAAUCCUUUCUAUGUUCGAUUGCUCAGUAAUGACAGGAAAAAGGGAGUACCACUUCAGUCUUCUAGAAAGAGAGGCAAAAUCAACGGCAAGGAGAAUCGCCCUGCUGCUAAUUCAUCACCACAAGGAUCUUCCUCAAGUUACAGAUUCUCAGUAACUCUGGGAAAACAAAGCAGAUCCAGAUGCACCCCUGAAGGCAAGAAGAGACGGAAGUCCAGAAUAGUUGCACCAUUGGACAUGCAUUUUGUGGGGUGACCCCGGCCCUCUUAACAAGGCAAUCUUAUAUAUUUUCUGUAAUCUGACUGUAUCUCCAUAUAAAUUGAAAAUGACGAUGACAAGGUGACUUAUUCUUUCUGUAACCUUAAAUCAUUGACAUAACGAAUUAAAAGCUGAUGUCUGUAACAUUUGUUUCUCUGUAACUCGGUCACAUGUAGUUGCAUCAGAAGGAUCAUUAGUCUCUUACAGGUUAUUAGGUUCUUGUUUCUUCCUUGUAAAGAAGUGGUAUGAAGCUCUCAAAUUAUUCUGAGAAUUCAAUGUAUGUUAUAUAGAGUUAUAACUUAUUGAAGCUAAUUUUGGCUUCUAGAUGUGCUAAUAAACAAAUGUUUUUAACACGUU